CAGUUCUACAACUGAAUGCAUUCAACUGAAAUGCGUCUUCCGCAUUUAACCCAAACACAUCCAUGUCUGGUUUGUCAUUGAUAGUUUAUCCCCCCAAAAAACUAGUAUACAAAUACAUUUUGGUGAUGCAUUUGUAAGAGUUGAUGUUUUCGCUUUUUGAGAGAGGACACUGGAGCAAGAUAGAAAACUCAAGCAAGCGGAUUGUAGAUUUUCCAAUCUAUUAGGGAAUUUCCCAGAUAUUUGGGUAUCAUGACGUGAUUGUUUUCAAAUAACUUUGAAGGACAUGGGUCUCUACAAGGGAAUUUUGCUCCAAUGUUGUUUGUGACCGAUUGUGAAAGAGAAGUGCGCGUUUAUGUCUAGCUGUCGUGAGAGGGAACAAAAUAAAAUUGGUACACAUCCACAGUUUCCAAACUAAUGCCGCGUUCUUAUGCUAGUCGGAACUAGGAAACUCGGAAUUGUCAAACUCGCUGUUUCGUUGAACGCGGCACGGUGUAUAGCUACAAACAGUUGGCAUGUCGGACAUGUGCGAGUUUCCUAGUUCCAUAUGAACGCGGCAUCAUACUGUAGAGGCGUGAAUUGUCAGACCUGUCCCACUGGAUACAGACUGUAAUUCAACGUCUAUUCCACGUUGGUUGUUGUGGAAACAACCUCUAUUCAAACAGUAUGCUCAGUGGGCUGUCAGGCAUGCGGACUAUCUUCUCCGGUCUGUCCAGUAUCCACAUCUCCUCCAAAUCAGAGCAAUUCGUUUCUAAAAGCCAGGGAUAGGCUACAGUAUAAGGUGAAGAGGUAAGAUGGCCACCCCCUUUGUCCCAGUACCUGUCCCCAUGGAACGGACCCCGACCUGGCCCAAGAGGACCCCCCCCCUGGGAAUUAUCUCUAGCUCUGGCUUUUCACCGCCUGGAAAGUCCCCCUGGGUGAAGGCCACUGGGUCCUGGGGGGCUACGGUAGCCUGUCCGAGCCUCCCCCAGGCGUGUUCCAGCCCCGAGGGGUACAGGACAUCCAGAGGAGGGGAGCAGGGGUCGGUCCAGGAGGAUGGUACUCCAGGGGACAGUUGGGAGAGGCCCCUCACCCCUACCCUGCUGGGCUAUGAGGUCAUGGAGGAGAGGGCCAAGUUCACGGUGUAUAAAAUCUUGGUGAGAAGGAAUGAGGAAGAGAACUGGGUGAUCUUCAGAAGGUACACAGACUUCGCCAGACUCAACGAUAAGCUAAAGGAGUUAUUUCCCAGGUUCAGACUAGCCCUUCCACCCAAGCGCUGGUUCAAGGAUAACUACGACAUGGAGUUUCUGGAGGAGAGACAGUUAGGCCUACAAGCCUUCCUACAGAACCUCAUAGCACACAGAGAUCUCACCAACAGUGAAGCGGUCAGACAGUUCCUUUGUCUGGAUGACCCGCCAGGCCCCUUUGACAGCCUGGAGGAGAGCAGGGCUUUCUGUGAGACGCUGGAGGAGACCAACCACCGUCUACAGAGGGACCUGUCGGAGAAACAGCGAGAGAUUGACUCUUUGAAAACAGCCCUGGAUGAGAGACAGACCCACAUUGGGCUCCUGGAGAAGAGAGUGAAUGGUAAGUUCCCCAGCCCAGAGGGCCUUACUCCGGAGAGCAGCAGACUAUCAGCCCUAGGCAGUGAGAACAGCUCUGACACAGACACUGCCGCAGACAGACACAGAGACACAGAUGGAGAGGCGGACAUAGACACAGACAUGGGAUCAUCCACUGCAUUGGAGGCUGACCAAGAGACAUGUCCUGAAAGAAGAAGCUCAGAAAUCCAAGGGCCACUCAAGGGUCAUGGGGCCUACUGGUCAUCUGCGGCCAUGGCUUGUUCACCAGACGCUUUUAUAAAUUCAACAACUCCGUAGAAUGACGUGGAACUCUGCAUUUGAUUCUGACCUGGGACCUGGAAAAGUAUAUGAUUCCGAGAUGGACUGAUGAUGAGCUACGAGUGUAUAGACUUCAUGUACAGAUUCUUGCUUGUAGUGACUGUGUUAAUGGGUGAUUGACGUUUUCAUAUAAGGUCUGUGUGUGUGUGUGUGAGGGGGGGGGGUUCUGUGUGUCUAAGGAUUCUAGAAAUAUACUGUAUAUGAGUAUUGAUUUCCAACACUUGUUCUGCUCUUAUCUAAUGCCUUGGUUGUGUAAUAAUCAAGUGACGAUAUACUGCCAUUUGUGUCUAACUGCCUUACAUCAAUCUCUUUUCUACAAAGCUAAGUACUCUAGUACUGUACUCAGGUUCUCCUCCCUGCGAAAAGCAAUAAACUUGAUUGAUCUUAAAA